AUCCGCAAGGACUCUUUCGCGCCAAAGUUUCUCUAUUGUUAUCUUUUUAAAAAUAUACAUUCCAGCAAUUAUCGUUGAAUGGUUUAUUCAUGUUUGGACUGAACAGAGAAAAUGCAUCCUGGGGAGGAUGUCCUAAUGGUUCAAAUAUGAUGGAGUAGCUGAGAGAUUGAAGAAAACAAGUCACCCACGUGGGGCACAUUUAUUCGGACGCACUGCCUCCAGAAAUUCACGCAAGGUAGUAACCUUCUCAUUAAUGUUGCAAACCAGUAACGAAAAAAUGGACUCACCCAAACAAAACGACAGUUGGGAUUUUGUCGGAUGUUUUUUGGACCAAAACGACCAGGCUCCGAAUGGGACCGCAAAUAUCAGUCUGGGUGGCAACUCAACCACCUGUAGUGAAUCUCCUUUUACCCCCGGGACACCACAGCCCCGGAAGAAAGAGAUAGACUACCUGUUGAUCCUGCUCUACAGCCUCAUCUUCCUGGUCAGCGUGUUUGGCAACCUGCUGAUCAUCGUGGUGCUGAUGGUCAACAAGCGCAUGCGCACCGUCACCAACUCCUUCCUGCUGUCGCUGGCCAUCAGCGACCUGAUGAUGACCGUCUUCUGCAUGCCCUUCUCCCUCAUCCCCAAGCUGCUCGGGAACUUCGUCUUCGGCGCCGUCAUGUGCAAGGCCGUGGCCUACCUCAUGGGCAUCUCCGUGAGCAUCUCCACCUUCAGCCUGGUGGCCAUUGCCAUCGAGAGGUACAGUGCCAUCUGCAACCCGCUCAAGUCGCGUGCCUGGCAGACGCGCUCGCACGCCUACAAGGUCAUCGCCGCCACCUGGGCCGUCUCCUUCCUCAUCAUGAUCCCAUACCCCGUCUUCAGCAAGCUGCUGCCCCUCAGACCGCCUCGCGUCGGCUACAUGUGCCGCCACGAGUGGCCCAAGAGCGGCGUCGAGCAGACCUGGUACAUCUUCCUGCUGUCUGUGCUGUUCUUCUUCCCCGGCGUGGUCAUGAUCAUUGCAUAUGGCCUGAUAUCCCGCGAGCUCUACCGCGGCAUUCAGUUCGAGACGGAGCAAAAAUCGUCCCAGUGCGGUGUUAAAAAUGGUGUAACCGCAGCCUCCACCUCCGCCACCAGCACCGCCGCGCCCAUGGCCACCAGCGGCGACGAAGACGACGGCUGCUACAUCCAGGUCUCUAAGCGUCCCAACUCCAUGGAGAUGUCUGCCCUCACCCCGGCCACCACUUCGUCCUCCAUGGCCGCCUCUGCCGCCAAGGUGGAGCGUGUGCGCAGCAACACGUCGGAGGCCAAACUGCUGGCCAAGAAGCGCGUGAUCCGCAUGCUCAUCGUGAUCGUGGCCAUGUUCUUCCUGUGCUGGAUGCCGCUCUACUCCGUCAACACCUGGAAGGCCUUCGACGCGGAGUCGGCCACGCGCGCCCUCUCCGGGGCGCCCAUCUCCUUCAUCCAGCUGCUGUGCUACACCUCGGCCUGCGUCAACCCGCUCAUCUACUGCUUCAUGAACAAGCGCUUCCGCAAGGCGCUGCACACCACGUUUUCCUGCUGCUGCCGGCCCUGCCGCAGGCACAGAGCGCGGAGGGGGGGAGGAGGGGCGGGCGGCAUGGGCGGGCUCGGGGAUGAGGAUGGCAUUGCCACUGGGGCAUCCAUGUCCAAGUUCACCUACACUACUGUCAGCAGCAUGGGGCCCUGUUGA